UUAUUUAAAACUUGGUUGAAUCAAUUUGCGCUACAAGAAGGUUUUGAUUACAAGGUUAGAACUAGUGAAAAAGAAGAAAACAUAAUUAGGCAAGUUAAAUAUGUGUGUAUAAAAUCUGGUAUAUAUAAUUUCCAAGCAACAGUCAAUCCAACUAAAAGACAUAAUAAUGUAUUUCAAAGAACAAAAUACCAAUGGAAAUUAAAUAUUACAUUUCUCAAGCCAGCAUCUGAA